GCGACCUCGAAAGCCCUCGGGAGCGUACGCAAGGCGAGGCAGUGGCGGCUGACGGAAGAAACCGCGUCGACAACGAGGCCAGCGGCGCCGAGCUCGCUGGCCCCGCUACACACGCCGCCUGAGACGAUCCAUCCGUUCCACGCACCAGCCGGAUCCUGAAUAUUUUGCACACGAACUUGGACAGAGACUCGCGCAGGCAUAGAGCGCCCGUAAGGCGAUCCAUUCAGCAACAAGCGAGUGAUUUCUGCCAUCGUCGUCGAAAUCACGUACAAUGUCCGGCCCAGGCUACAUCCUCAUGCCCCAGACGUCCCCGAUUGACUACCCACCCAACGUCCGCCAACGCCCCUCCUUUCCCCUUGCCUCCCCUCCAGCCGAUCCCUCGGCCCGGAUUCCACGCACCGCGGGCACUUUCAAAGCCCCCGCCCACAAGCAUGCACACCAUCUCCAUUCCAUACCGCCCAGGGAGAAAUCCACCCGGACGCUCAUCAUCGACCACAUGUCAUGGAUCCACGGCCGGACGCGCUUCGCACAGGCGCGUGCCGAACUCGGCAUGACCGAUCGAACCGGCGGUCCGAUCUCCACCCACUACGUCCAGCGCGAGCGUCCAGAAAACUACGACGAAGACGACGACAUCGACAGCGAGGGCGAGGACGUCGACGUGCUCUGCGGUGGGCACCACGUCGGCGGCUUGCAGUCGUCCGGGGAUGACCGCUGGAGCAGCCGCCAGGACCUACCUUUGGCGCGCGCUCUCAGGGUACGCGCAGAAGGCCUGGAAAAAGUUAUCACGUCCAUGCUGGACCAGCCGCCAGAACUGAGGCCAUCGCACCCCAAUGAAGCGGAUUAUAUCACGCCUCCCGCGUCCCCAAAACAGUCUAGCAGGCGAAAUCCCCUCCACGCGCACCCGCACACGCUUCCGGACGGUGUGAGGCUGCGUCUGGCCCUGGGCACGAUCAUCAACGACCUCUUCGCGCGCGAAUCAGCGGCCGUGACUGCUUCCGGAAGCUCGACCGCCACAACCAGCUCCCCAACUGCCGCCGCCGCCACAACCGAAAUCCACCCCUCUCUCCUCCCGCUGAUCCCCGUCUCCAACUGCGCAGCGCCCUUCGCCCAGUACACGCCCGCGCACCAGCUCACGCCGAACGCGCCGCUUGACCCGCACUCCUCCCACCUCUACGCCGGCGGCGUCCCUGCCGCGUCUUCCAUGCCCACGCUCACGCCCACCGCGCUCGCCUCGCCCCCGCGCGCGUCCCUCAGACCGCGCUGCGCCCGCCACCUCGCCUCCGGCUGCCUCGUAUGCCUCGAGCCCUCCGGACGCCCGCGUCGAGGCGGUAUCGGCUCUGGCCUCUCCAAGCCCGGAGCGAGGGGCAGCGUCCUCCGCCGCUCGACCGCGCUCCCACGCCCGCUCGCGAUCGGCCGGCCCCAGGUGCUGCAACAGCAGCAACAGGCUUUCCAGGGUAGCACCCGGUUGGCGAACAUGCUCCCUAGGUUCUUGCGGCUUUCCGCGCUUUGUGCCAUGGAACUCGGCCGCGAGGCGCGCGACGGCACCGCGUCGUACACCGCCAGCGAACCGGGACGCUCUCCCACGCCUACCGGCGGCGAGUCUGCCACCUCGACGAUGCCGAUGCCUUCGCGCGGUCCGCUUUCGUCGGGGGAGGCGACGCCAUACCGGCCCUCACGGGACUGGUACAUGCUCUUCGUCGGGCUUGCGACGCGCGCGGCGUUGGAAGGGUACGCGAGCGGCGCUUGGCGUGGCGCGUUCGCGGCGGAGGUAUUGUUUGGGAUCGGCGUCGGCGGAAUGGGCGUGAGCCCCGAUGCUUUGUUCGGCGGAAGACGGGAGCAGCCCGAGGAUGCGGACGAGUUCGCGUGGUUCGACCCGGACGAGCUGCCCGGGCUGCAAGAGGCGGCGGGAAUACUGUUCUCAAGCGGUGCACUGGACGGCGGGGUCGUCGACGACGCCGAGGCCGAGUUCAGGCGCGAGAUGCGGGACAGGCUGCGCAAGUUCCUGUCGAUCCCGGCCUCGACCACCGACCUUCUGUCACACCUGCUGCAUUUAUCUGCGCUCUACCCGGCGGAGGCAGUCGAGCGCGCCGCGCUUCGGUUUUGUGAAGCGGUCGCCAAGUGGAGGGGCAAGCCUGAGCUACAAUCAAAGGGAAAACACAACUCCGCCGGCGCGACGGGGUCGCCCUCGUCCCAGACCAGUGGGGUCAACGCUCUUCCCCUCGACCUCCUCGUACGGUCCAACCCGGAGAGCCCGACGCAGCCGCUCAUGCCAUCCUUCGACCCGCAGACCUCGGCGUCGUACGCGACCCCGUCGUUCCCGUCCGCGGCGCAGUUCCCGCUCUCGCAGCUGCUCAACGCGAACAAGUUUGGCGAGGCGCCGAUCCAGCGCUAUUUUCUCGCGCCGGCCGCGCCGUUUUGGCUCGCGAACGCGAACAGCGGCGGCGGCAAACGCAAACGCGCGGGCUCGCCCGACGCCUUCGUGGGCGACGGCGGAGGAGGAGACCUGAUGGACAUGGUCGGCGAUGGAAAACGGCCGCGCACGCAGUUUUGAGAAUCUCUCUUGUCAUUCGGUAUUUUCACCCCCCUCCGCUGCUCUCGUUUCCGGUAUGACAGGGCCUUCGAGUUGCCUCUUGCAGAGGCGCGUUUCGCGAUGAAGUCUUCUGGGUUAUGAUGGUCCCAUAUGUAGCAAUAGUAUUUACUUGUGUAAUUUGUACAAUGAAUCACCUCUCAUGCAGC